AUGAUAUCCAAACAAAUGGACAUAGAGAAUUGUGACAGUUUUCCAGAGGAUCAAUUUCCAAAUGAAGCUCACGAUGAGUGCAUUCCAAAGAUGCUGAAUUACCUCUCCUUUGAAGAACCACUGGGCAUUACUCUGAUGUCUCUGGCUCUUCUCUUUUCCUUCUCCACAAGUCUGGUGCUUGCAAUUUUCAUUAAGCAAUGUGACACUCCCCUUGUCAAAGCCAACAAUUACAACCUUACCUACCUUCUACUUGUCUCCUUCUUUCUCUGUUUCCUCUGCUCACUUCUGUUCAUUGGACAUCCCAAUAAGGCAACCUGCCUCCUCCAACAAACAACAUUCGGCAUCAUCUUCUCUACUGCAAUCUCUUCUAUAUUGGUCAAACCCAUCAUAGUCAUUGUAGCAUUCCUAGCCUCAAAGCCAGGAAGCCUAUUCUACAAAUGGGUGGGGCAAAAGUUGGCCUAUUCCAUUAACUUUUUCUGUUUCUUCAUUCAAGUAGUUAUUUGUAUUGUUUGGCUGAAUUCUUCUCCCCCAUUUCCAGAUUUGGACAUGGAAACACUUCACGGAGAAAUCAUAGUAGAAUGUCAUGAAGGCUACAUCAUCAUGUUUUAUUGUGUCUUGGGCUACAUGGGUCACUUGACCCUUCUCAGCUUCAUUGUGGCCUUCCUAGCAAGGAAGUUGCCAGACAGUUUCAACAAAGCCAAGUUCAUUACUUUCAGCAUGUUGGUUUUCUGUAGCAUUUGGCUGACCUUUGUCCCCACCUAUCUGAGCACCAAAGGGAAGUCAAUGGUGACUGUGGAGAUCUUCUCUAUCCUGUCUUCCAGUGCUGAUUUACUGGGAUGCAUCUUCAUCCCCAAAUUUUAUAUAAUUAUAUUUAAGCCUGAACUCAAUACUAGAGAGCAUUUAAUACAUAAGAAAUAG